CCUCAGCAAGGGCUUGCGAAACCGGAAGUGUUCCCGGGCGCGCGGAGGCCGCGGGAGCCCGCUGGCGGUGGAGCGGCGAAGACCCGGCUCGUAUAACAAGAGGAUCACCUAACCAAGCAGAGAUGCAGAGCACUUCUAAUCAUCUGUGGCUUUUAUCUGAUAUUUUAGGCCAGGGAGCUACUGCAAAUGUCUUUCGUGGAAGACAUAAGAAAACUGGUGAUUUAUUUGCUAUCAAAGUAUUUAAUAAUGUAAGUUUUCUUCGACCAGUGGAUGUUCAAAUGAGAGAAUUUGAAGUGUUAAAAAAACUCAAUCACAAAAAUAUUGUUAAAUUAUUUGCUAUUGAAGAAGAGACAACCACAAGACAUAAAGUACUUAUUAUGGAAUUUUGUCCAUGUGGGAGUUUAUACGGUGUUUUAGAAGAGCCAUCUAAUGCCUAUGGAUUGCCAGAGUCUGAAUUUUUAAUUGUUUUGCGAGAUGUGGUGGGUGGAAUGAAUCAUCUCCGAGAGAACGGCAUAGUCCACCGUGAUAUCAAGCCAGGAAAUAUCAUGCGUGUUAUAGGGGAAGAUGGACAGUCUGUGUAUAAACUCACAGACUUUGGCGCAGCUAGAGAAUUAGAAGAUGAUGAGCAGUUUGUUUCUCUGUACGGGACAGAAGAAUAUUUGCAUCCUGAUAUGUAUGAAAGAGCAGUGUUAAGAAAAGAUCACCAGAAGAAAUACGGAGCAACAGUUGAUCUUUGGAGCAUUGGGGUAACAUUUUACCAUGCAGCUACUGGAUCACUGCCAUUUAGACCAUUUGAAGGGCCUCGUAGGAAUAAGGAAGUGAUGUAUAAAAUAAUUACUGGAAAGCCUUCUGGUGCAAUAUCUGGAGUGCAGAAAGCAGAAAAUGGACCAAUUGACUGGAGUGGAGACAUGCCUGUCUCUUGUAGUCUUUCUAGGGGUCUGCAAGUUCUACUUACCCCUGUUCUUGCAAACAUCCUUGAGGCAGAUCAGGAAAAGUGUUGGGGUUUUGAUCAGUUUUUUGCAGAAACUAGUGAUAUACUUCACCGAGUGAUAAUUCAUGUUUUUUCGCUACAACAAAUGACAGCUCAUAAGAUUUAUAUUCACAGCUAUAAUACUGCUACUGUAUUUCAUGAACUGGUAUAUAAACAAACCAAAAUUAUUUCUUCAAAUCAAGAAUUUAUCUAUGAAGGACGACGCUUAGUUCUAGAACCUGGAAGGCUGGCACAGCAUUUCCCUAACACUUCUGAGGAAAAUCCUAUCUUUGUAGUAAGCCCGGAACCUCUGAGCACCAUAGGAUUAAUAUAUGAAAAAAUUUCUCUUCCUAAAGUGCACCCACGUUAUGAUUUAGAUGGGGAUGCUAGCAUGGCUAAGGCAAUAACAGGGGUUGUGUGUUACACCUGUAGAAUCUCCAGCACCCUACUGCUUUACCAGGAAUUAAUGCGAAAGGGAGUUCGGUGGUUGAUUGAAAUAAUUAAAGAUGACUAUAAUGACGCUGUUCAUAAAAAGACAGAAGUCGUGAUCACAUUGGAAUUCUGCAUCAGAAAUAUUGAAAAAACUGUAAAAGUAUAUGAGAAGUUGAUGCAGAUCAACUUAGAAGCAGCAGAGCUAGGUGAAAUCUCAGAUAUACACACCAAAUUGUUGAGACUUUCCAGUUCUCAGGGAACAAUAGAAACCAGUCUUCAGGAUAUCGAAAGCAAAUUGUCUCCAGGUGGAUUGCUGGCAGAUACAUGGGCACAUCAAGAAGGCACUCAUCCAAAAGACAGAAAUGUAGAAAGGCUACAAGUCCUGUUAAAUUGCAUCACAGAGAUAUACUGUCAAUUCAAAAAAGACAAAGCAGAACGUAGGCUAGCUUAUAAUGAAGAACAAAUUCACAGAUUUGAUAAGCAAAAACUGUAUUACCAUGCAACAAAAGCUAUGACCCACUUUGCGGAUGAAUGUGUUAAAAAGUAUGAAGCAUUUGUGGAUAAGUCAGAAGAAUGGAUGAGAAAGAUGCUCCAUUUAAGGAAACAGUUGUUAUCUCUAACUAAUCAGUGUUUUGAUAUUGAAGAAGAAGUAUCAAAGUAUCAGGACUACACUAAUGAGUUACAAGAAACUUUGCCUCAGAAAAUGUUUGCAGCCUCCAGUGGAAUCAAACAUACCAUGACCCCAAUUUAUCCAAGUUCUAACACAUUAGUGGAAAUGACUCUUGGUAUGAAGAAAUUAAAGGAAGAGAUGGAAGGUGUGGUUAAAGAACUUGCUGAAAAUAAUCAUAUUUUAGAAAGGUUUGGCUCUUUGACCAUGGAUGGUGGCCUUCGGAAUGUUGACUGUCUUUAACUUUCUAAGAAGUUUGAGAAAAGUUUCCAUUUGCACAAGAAAAUAAUGCAAGGGCAUUAAAUGAAUGCCUCUGUAAGUGGUCUCUUGUUUCUUCAGUUCAGUAUUUGAUGUGGGAAUGUAAAUAUGUACUAUAUUGUAAAUACAUAAAAAAUAUAUUAAUUUUUGGCUGCUGUUAAAAUGUAAUUUUACCUUUUAACAUUUAUAAUUACAUGAGGAAAUUUGACCUCAGUGAGCCCUAGAAGAAAGCCAUGACAAAUAUGUCGAGAUACUGAUCCUCUACUCUUCUGUAGAGAUUGUUAGGACUAGCCAAGUCGUAUUUCUCUGACUGCCUACUGAGAACAUUUUUAAGUGGAGCCAAAAUUGGCAUCCUUACAAAUCAGAGAAGACUGAUAGUUGAUAUGUUUGUAAGUGGUAGAAUGGAGAAGUGGCUUUUGUAAAUGAGGAACAGAACCAAACCACUGUUUUACUGGGAUCACAGUUUUCUUGAGAAGAAUAAAAUGGCAUUAUUUCAUUUUACAAGGUGCCCAGACCCCCAGGUAUCUUUGUAUCUGUUUAAUUUCAGGUGAUGAAUUACUGUGCAAAAUUUUCAAUGUGAUUCAAUUAUUAAACACUGUUCAUUUUUCUUUUGGCCUUAAACAUACAAUUGUCAUAAAAAUUUUAGGGCCAUUUCAGUUGUUUUAAGCUGUAUAUUUUUUCUUUAGUUCUGCUUACUACUUCAUGAAAAAAUGUCAAUAAAUUUCUUGAUUUUAAUUUAAACAGUUUGUGUGUAUCUGUACACAAUUUAAGAAAAAGAAGUUAUCUUUUGAAAGAAAUAGUGUGGGUGAUGAUGUAAAUUAUUCUCAGAUAUUGGCUGUGGGGGCAAUUUUAUGUCUUUUAUAAACCCAAUGAUUACAAGUUAAGUCAAAGUCCUUUUAUAAAUUUAUGUUAUACAGAUUCAAAAGGUACAUUCUCUUUGAAAAAUCUACCCAGAGCUCAGACUAAGAAUUGUGCUCAGCAAAAAAUUAUUUCAUCUCCCUAGGGUUUUCAUUUGUUUUUGUUUUGGUCUCUGGUUUAUCAGACUAAUGAAGUGUAAUUAUAUACAGUGUGUGUAUCAUAAAAAAUAUUAUGUUCUAAAAGGUACAUUUGACUACCAUGGACAUCAGAAAAUAAAUUGCUUUAAAAACUGAAAAUGAAUUAAGAUUGUAUUUGAGAUAGUUGAUUCAUUAUUGUAGUAGGGAAUUUUGAGUGUCACCUAUACACAUUAUAGAAAUAAGUGCCUAGGAGAGUUAUUUAUAUAAAUACAGUUAUCCCCUGUCCUGAGAGUGUAUGCAGUGAGGGAAUGUUUAAUCCCUCUUGAUUGUAAUUUUCCAUUGGACAUCUAACAUGUAUAUCUUUAAUUGUAUAGUUUAAAUGUUUGUGUCACUGAGCAUUAGGUAAAAUUUUACUCAAAUUAUGUGAUCAGUAUAUUUAUAAAUUGAGUAUUUUAGCACUGUAGAAAAGAAUACCAAUAAACAAACCCUUUCUGGAGGGAUCGUAUUUUUUAUUAGUUGUAUUGAUAAAAACAAGACUGCUUUAUUCCCCAUGACAAUGACAUGGAAACCAAGUGUUCUUGGUGUCACUAUUUUACACUCAAAAAUGCAUCCUCAAAGAAAACUGAAGAUACAAGGGAAAGAUUAGUUCAGAGGACUAACGGACCACAUCUGCUGCAGCCUCCACCAGACUGAGUCCAGCACACCUAGAUGGUGCUUGGCUACCAUCGCUGACUGCUCUGACAGGGAUCAAAGUAGAGGGUCCCAGACAGAGCUGGAGAAAGAUGUAAAACAAAAUUCUAACUCACAAAAAAGGACCAGACUUACUGGCCUGACAGAGUCUGGAGAAAUCCCCAGGGUAUGGCCCCCAAACACCUUUUUGCUCAGUAAUGAAGUCACUCCCGAGGUUCACCUUUCGACCAAAGAUAGGCCCAUAAAACAAAACAAGACUAAUGGAGCACACCAGCCCUGGGGCAGGGACUAGAAGGAAGGAGGGAACAGGAAAGCUGGUAAUAGGGAACCCAAGGUUGAGAAGGGGAGAGUGUUGACAUGUCCUGGGGUUGUUAACCAAUGUCAUAAAACAAUAUGUGUACUAACUGUUUAAUGAGAAAUUAGUUUGUUCUGUAAACCUUCAUCGAAAGUACAAUUAAAAAUAAAAAACUGAGAAUUAAAAAAAAAAGUAGAAAAAAAUGCAUCCUCAUUGAAAAUGUUUUUAAAUCAAUAAAUAUAAGGUGAUAUAGUCUACUAAUCUAAUAUUCAGAGCGACUGUUUAGUGAAAUUAGCUUUAAAAUAAGUUGCAUCUUCAGUAGCUCUUUUUUUCAACAUUAGAAUAUAUUUCCAAAAGAUAGCGAUUAAUGGUAUAAAAAGUAGUGUAUAUAACAAGCAGAGGAGAUAGUGGAUUUAACUCAACAUAAAAGAGAGAUUGUAGUUCAUACAGCAGAAGAAAUAAUCAAAUAUGAAAUAAAUGAUUGUGAGGUAUCUGAAAGGAAAUAAACAAGAAGAAUUAGAGGUUAGGAAAGAAACAUGGAAAAUAAUCCCAUAACAUCUUCUAAAAUUAUAAUUUGCAAUUACCAGAUGCUAUAUUGGUGCCUUAUAGACGUCAUUACACUGUCUCAAGCAGAGUGCCUCCUCUUAGAUAUAAAAGAUCUUCUCAAAAUA